AGCGGAGGAUUAUACGGUGGCUUACCUCCCACUCACAAUGAGGCGGGUUCCCAGUCGCACGGCGUCCAUGGGACAGCACUCAUUGGUGGUCUGCCAAUGCCCUACCCCAAUCUUGCCCCAGAUGAGGACUUGACUCCUGUCGAGCCCUCAACAGUUAACAUGAACCCAGCUCCAAACCCUGCUGUCUUUAAUCCCGAAGCUGUGAAUGAACCCAAGAAGAAGAAGUAUGCCAAGGAGGCAUGGCCGGGCAAGAAGCCAACCCCUUCCCUGCUGAUCUGA